AAACUGAAUCAGAGAAGACCAAGAUGGCUUUACUGGUACUUCUGGUAUCCUUGAGCAUCUUGUCUGCAGAGUCUCAAUACCUCAUGGGUGAGACUGUGACAUUUCUCAAUAAAGGAAGAAAUCCAAAUGGCACAUUUCAGGUGGAAUUUCAAUACGAAGCGGCUAAUUACGGCUUUGUUAAUCAACCGACUAUCAAGUACUGCUACAAUGGAGAUUGCUACCACAUGGGCACUGAACUCCUAAAAGAUUCAGAUUCACAGAUUGAAAUAUAUUUGUUUGGAGGAUCCACGGUGAUAAAUGCGCUCAGUGACAAACCGUUUGAUGUGAGCUUUUCAGGCUGCUGUUGGAAUGACGACGAUCCUACCUCCAAAUUGCAGUUUAUGACUCACGUGGACCUGGGUGUGCGAUCCGACACUGGACUUCCCAACAGACCUCCGAUCACAGCGUCAAUUCUAAUUGUCAGUGUCCCAUUUAACUGUCCCACACCUAUCAAGCUGCCGGUAUUUGACCCCGAUGGAGAUCGUGUAAGAUGUCGGUUUGGACAGUCCAUCAAUAACGAGUGCGGUCUCUGCAAUCAGAUUUCUGGCUUCACUCUAAAUGAGACAACAUGUGAAAUUUCAUUUAGUGACUCAUUCGGAUGGUCAGGCACACUUGAACUCGUCAUCGAGGAUUUCCCUCAACAGGACAUUACAUUAACAUACAGUGAUGGGUCCUCCGUGAGCAAAGGAAACAGUCCAACAGAUGAACCUCUAAGCAAAAUACCAUUCCAGGGUUCAUACUAUCUAUUGGAAUCUUCCAGCUGUUCCUUGGGGGAUUACAUACCUCUGUUUUUGGAUUCUACUCCUCUAAAUGAAGAAAGAAUAACUGCAUUUGUUGGUAGUCAAUUUGAGUUCAACAUCAUUGCACGUGCAUCACUGUCACAGGUUUCCGAUAUAAUGGUUACUGGCCCACUGAAUCUGAACAAAUCAUUCCAGUUUGAUACCAUGACAAGAACUGGUAAUGCAACUGUAAUGUGGACCCCAUCUGAAAAUGACGUGGGCAACUAUAUACCAUUUUGGUUUACAGCUUUAACUGUGGAAGGGUAUCAGUCUGAGAUCAGAUGCAUAAUUGUAAAUGUAGUACCUAAGACGCCCAUCAUGACGACUAUGACACCCAGCAACAUCGAAGCUAACAUUGAGUGCACUGAGACGACGAUGAGCCUGUUUGUGCUGAAGUCUUCGGUCCCGGGCCUUAAUGAAUAUAACUCGCGUCUUAAUGAUCCCACGUGCACCAUGACAUCUAAUUUAAGCCAUCUGAUUGCCAGCUUGUCUUUGAACUCCUGUGGCACAGAAAUUCAGGAUAAUGGCACUGCCAUAAUUUUCCAGAAUGAAAUUUCAAGUUUUGAUUAUCCUAAUCAAAUUAUAAGCAGAGCAAACCAGGUGGAGAUUCCCUUCAGUUGUGCUUAUCCAAAUACGGGUCAAGUGUCUGCUUCAUUUAGCCCUCACAAGGCUGACUACAAAUUCUAUGAAGCUGGCUUUGGGACCUUCACCUUUUUGUUUGAGUUUUAUGACAGCAGCGACUUCACAAGCAUCAUCGACCUGAGCGAGUACCCACUUAAGGUGGAACUCGGGCAGAUGUUGUACAUGGGCAUCAGUGUGGAUUCAUCACUGGAGAACAUCAAGCUGUUUGUCGACACAUGCCGGAGUAUGCCUCAUGAUGACCCCAAUGACUCCAUCUAUUAUGACAUCAUUUCAAAUGGGUGUGGUAAAGAUGAUACUGUAAUGAUCUUUCCCACCAAUCAGACUCAAUUUAACUUUGGACUGGAAGCCUACAGUUUUAUUGGAGGUUACCCCCAGGUGUUCAUCACCUGUAGUGUCAUUCUGUGUGACGCUGACAGUCCAGACACCCGAUGCUCUCAGGGCUGCAUUGACAGCCCACAGGCCACAAAAAGGAAGAGGAGGUCGACGUCUUUGGAGAGCCAGAAACACUUCAUUUCCCAAGGACCCCUCUACCUUGCUGGGAAGACUCAAUACGAUAACAAUUUAGGGCAGAAUCUGAAUCUGAAUACUGUGGUUGUGGCAGUGGCAUUGAUUGUAGGAGUGGCCAUUUUUGCUGGUGCCCUGGUUUUCAAGGCGAAAAUGUCAAAGGUGGUCAGAUAUGAAAGCCUUCCUUCAUCUGGUUUUUGAAUAUCUUGACAAUGGCAUCUCAAUGCAGCAGAUUUCUGAGGAGAAAUAAGAGUGAAAAGGCGCUCUCAGCUUCACUAUAAACAGAUGUGGUGAUAACUGAAUUGAAAUCAGGGUCUGGUUUUUAAAUUAACGUUAAAUUUGAUUUUUCUUUUUAAUCAGUCUGAAAGAAAUCAAACACAGACAGUAAAUAACCAUCACACUUAUUUCUUCAUGUUUAAUUUCAGCUCAUUCUGUUUAGGGUGUUUUCUUAAUGCCAUAGCUCUGAUUUAGCUAUCAUGUCUACAGAUUGGGUGAGGUGCUGCACUGGUGCUUCCUGGAACCAUCAUCUUGGGUUCAAACCCCUCAGGUGAAGUUCUCUUUGAGUUUUCCUCCCACAUUCUAAAGAUGUGCAUUGGUGGUCAGUUAGUCAUCAACAUGGUCAUCUCAUGUGAAUUUGAGUGGAACCAGCAAUGGACUGGCACACUUGUGCCUGAUACUAUUGGCAUAGGCUUUGCUCCACUGUGCCCUUCAAAGUGGAUUACGUGGGUCUCAUAAUGUUAUGUUUGCUACGUUAGAUUAGAAACAGUGAAAAUACGUACAGCACUCUGGUCCCAAUGUGUCAAGAGAGUAUCGGCAACAGAAGUAAAGCAGGCUGUUAAACUCCUCUUCUUUAUUUUGAUUCCAUGUGUUUGAAUGAUGUUGUCUUCGAAGUGUCCUUCUCCUGUCUUCUAACUCAGAUGUUGGUAUUUACUGUCAUGUCCUUAGUGUAAUCUCAAGAGAUUUUUUAAAUUAUCAGUGUACUAUCUGAACAUCUA